GGGAGUCCAGCCCAGGUGACCUAUAAAUGUCCCGCUGGAAGAGCAGGCAGCCACCGUCGCUGCUGGGAUCCCUGCUGUCCUGACACUUUUCUACACUUUUACUGGGACUUCUAAGCUUUGGAUUUUUAUUUGGUGUGGACUCAGAGACAAGUGACUCAUCUUUUCUUGCUCCUUGAGUCACCCUGUCUUGAUUUAAUCGCUCUCAGCCUCUCUCAGUUUGCUCUUUUUUUUUUUUUUUUAAUCAGUUUGUUAGUGGAAAUGUUGGGGAAUCUGUGGAUGCUCUGCCUGUGUCUCUGCUUCUCCUGGGCCGAAGCUCGGAUAUGGGCCUGGAUGCUCAACAUGCCCCACAGCCCUCCAAAGGAAGGAGCAAAGGCACUUAGAGAAAGCGCUCCUGUAGUGAAAGCAACCAUGGCCGUGUGCGAGCAUGACAGGGCCUGUGGGCGAGGUUUCUGCUGUGAUCGGCACUUUGGUCUUUGUGUUCCCCUGCGAGGGGAGGGCCACUACUGUCGGAGGGAUGCCCAGUGUGUCCGCGGUCUCAGCUGCAUGUUUGGGAAGUGCCACCGCAGCAUCCCCAACGGACAAGAGGGUGCCAGAUGUAAAGUCGACAGGGAUUGCGGGGCUUCCAUGUGCUGCGCUCGACACCAUGGUGAGCAGGUGUGCAAAAGACGUCUGAUCCGCGGCGAGAGCUGCUAUGUCCCCGACGGCGGUCUGGCGUUCAGCAUAAACCAGAUUUGUCCCUGUGAUGAGGGGCUGCUGUGUCGAGAAAACGUUGCAUCACACCAGAGAGAGAGAGAUUUUAUUUACCAGCCUGAACAAACCAGUUGGACCUGCCAAGUCCCCAAAUCUUGAUGCCAGCCUCAAUGUUAAAGCUAUUUAUUGUGUAAAUGUGUUGUAAAUAUUUGUAUAUAAAAAGCAUAGGUAUUUCCAAAUGUGUUGUGUAGCUGCAUGUUUUAUUAGACUUGUACAGUACGGUUGUUUUUAUUAUUUCAUUU